UUGCGCGGGAAAGACAAUAUGGCGGCGGUAAGAAAAUCAACAAACAGCUGAUCGGAAAGUCUAACACAGUGAAUAGAAAAAAAGGUUUACGGCAAUAACAAACAGUGACCAACAAAUUUUCCACCAUGGAAGAUGAUUUUGACAUUGACUAUGCUGACGAACUCGAUGCUAUGGAAGAUUUUGAAGCUCCUGCCUAUAGUCCCCAGAAAUCAAAAAGGACUUUAAACUUUGAAACACCUAAAUCCAAGGCAGGUAAAGAGGAUCUAAAUGAUAGCAUUAAUCUUACCCCACUGGAAAGUCCUGCAGCACCAAUCAAUGGUUCUCUAUUAUAUAGCCCCUCCAAGACACCUAAAACAAACCAGUCUAGGUCAGAAAAAAGGGGUCGAUCUCAAGAUGAGUUUUCAACCUUGUCUGAAGAUGAAGACUUUGAUGACAUGAUGUGCUUACCUAGUUUAGAUGUACCUGCAAGGAAGAGACAGAGAUUAAGUGAUGCAUUAGAAGGAACAAGGCCAGAAAAUGGGGGUGAUGUAACUCCACCAGCCUCUCCAUCUGCUGAAGAGAAGAUCCUAGCCAUUCGUACCAAAAAGACAAUUGACAAAGGCAGUCCAAAUGCAAGCAAUCAGAGAAAUAUUACACAAGAUUAUGAUUUUGAAAGAAAAAGAGUGUUUAAAAGAAUACCAUCAGGAGAUUUUAUAGGUACAACAGGUUAUGAGGGCCAGAGAGUUUAUAUAAAGCUUAAAGACGAGACAGAACAAGAAACUGAGUUUAGUAAUGUGGGAAAGCUUGUGAAAAAAACCCAGUUACUGGCUGUGUCCCUUGAUGAGCUGAAGGACCAAAUAGAAACAGAGAGACAGCAGAGAUUGAUGGACGAGGCAGAGGCGCUGACACAGGAAAUCCACAGUAAUUUGACUGAGAAAAAACUUGAUGGAGAUGAAGCUGAUGAUGAAGCAGAUGAUGAAGUUGAUGAUGAAGAUGAAAACACUGACAUUGCAGACUCUGAUUCUAUGGGUCUGCUUUGGGUGGAAAAGUAUGCUCCUAAACAGUACACAGAUCUACUGAGUGAAGAGCUCAUCAACAGAACACUUCUACACUGGCUCAAGCUGUGGGAUCACGUGGUCUUCAACAAGGAACUCAGCUCAAAGGUUAAGGAUAAGAACAAGAAGAAGAAGGGUAAUGAAAAAGAUUUCAAGAAGAAAAAAUUUGGGGCUGAUGUAUUAGAUGAAGAACUGGACAAAUACAACAGACCUGUGCAGAAAAUUGCACUACUGAAUGGUCCACCAGGACUAGGAAAGACAACUCUAGCUCACGUUUUGGCUCGACAUGCAGGCUACAACAUGGUAGAGAUCAAUGCCAGUGAUGAUCGUAGUGCUGAUGUGUUCAAAACCAAGAUUGAGGCAGCGACUCAAAUGAAGUCAGUUCUUGAAGCUGAUCCAAGACCAAACUGCCUAGUCAUAGAUGAAAUAGAUGGAGCUCCCCAGCCAGCCAUCAAUUUUCUGCUAAGCCUGAUCAAGAGGACAGAUGAAAACAGCAGUAAGAAGAAGGAAGGCGAUAUUCUGUUACGUCCAAUUAUCUGUAUCUGUAACGACCAGUAUGUACCUGCGUUGCGCCUGCUAAGACAGAAUGCAAUGGUAAUAACAUUUCCACAGACAGAGCCUGCCAAGCUCGCUAGUCGCCUGUUUGAGGUAACAAGAAAGGAAAGUUUAAAGGCUGAUAUGAAUAGCUUGUUAGCUUUGUGUGAGAAGACAGACAAUGAUAUCAGGUCCUGUCUUAACACAUUACAGUUUGUCCAGCGCCACUGUAAAGAGCUGUCAGUUCGGCUGAUCCAGACCAUGAAUGUAGGACAAAAGGACUCACAACGAAGUUUGUUUUCUGUCUGGAAUGACAUUUUCACUCUUCCCAGACCUAAACGAAAUCGCUUUUUGAGCAUAAAUGAUCUACGGAAUGAAGAAUGGAAAAUCAACAAUACAUCUCCUACUGCUCGGUUUCACAAUGUAUUACAAGCUACCCAUUCUAGUGGGGAGUAUGAAAAGGUUAUACAGGGAUUGUUUGAGAACUACCUGGAAUGUAAAUACAAGGACCCAAAAAUGGAAGGUCUGAAUUUUGCCAUGGAAUGGCUGAGUUUUGUGGACAGAGCAAAUCAGUACAUCGCCCAUAAACAGGACUACUGUCUAUUACCAUAUAUCCCAUACGUCACCGUCACAUUUCACAUGCUGUUUGCAUCCAAUCAGGCUCCCAGAAUUCAAUAUCCUCACAGUCAGUAUGAGGCCUCUGUAAAGUUAAGCAAGUCUCAGAACCUGGUAACAGCAAUGAUGGCAGACAUGAUCCCGUCAGUAAGGAAGUACCUAGACCAGGAAAAUACUGUCCUUGAGGUGUUACCUCCCCUGAUGGACAUCAUCAUGCCAACACUUCGGCCUAUAAACACCCAGUUGUACAGUACCAGAGAGAAGGAGGAACUAGCCCAGUUAAUCAGGAUUAUGAUUGCCUACAACAUGACCUACCUUCAGGAGAAAUCUCCUGAGGGCCAGUACAUUUACUCUCUUGAUCCGAAAGUAGAUGAGGUGGUUAAAUUUUUGGGCAUGAAGCAACAGAGACAGCUUACAUAUGCUGCCAAGCAACUAAUCGCCAGAGAGAUUGUGAUGGAGAAAAUGAGACGCAGUGAGAUGGGGAGGGGUGAAGCCACCAGGAGAGUGCCAACAUCACAGUCAUCCUCUAAAGAAUCCAAGACAGAUGAGGCAUUUAUACCUAAUCACAAACGUAGACUCGACCCCAAAGCUGUGUCUGUCACACCAGAACAAGUAGUUGUAAAAGACUUCUUUGGGAGAGUAAUAAAGAAAAAGACUCCAGAAGCAAAACCGAAACAGUCUGAUGAUGCAGAAGAAGUGAAAAAGAAGAAAAAUGUUUUAAUUACUGACGUUUGGUUUCAUUUCAAAGAAGGAUUUUCUAAUGCUGUGAGACGCAAUGUGCGGACACAAGACUUCUUAUGAGAAUGAAAUUACCCUGACAACUUCAUAUGUAACAAAGCUCUCAAUAUGAUGUUGUGGACAGAUGUUUAAGUUUUAAUGAAAUAUGAUCAACUUCAAAUUCUUUUGAAGAUAGAAGAUCAAUUCGAUCACCUGUUCAAUAUGUAAGUCAUUUGUGUUUAUGCUCCACAGAGUACAGAUACAAUUGCACAAGUUUUUUUUAUGGUAUAUUGGAUGGCAGUAGGUUGUUAAAUCUGCAGACACCCCAGCUCUUCCUUUAUCACAGGUAGUUUAUUUUGCCCUGUAGACUUGUUACAUAUACAUAUAUAUUAUUGCUUGCCAUGUAAGUAUAGCAACCCUUAGAAAAAAAUGUGAUUGUGACCAGAACCUAUGUUAACAUUUUACAAGAGUACUGUAGUCUUAUAACUAUUCUGUCAACAGAAAAAGAAAGCUUUAAGACAUUUGAAACCUAGAUUAAAAGUAUACGACCCUAAGCUGUCAAUGAAGGAAGUCUUUUGAGAGAAGGGAUAUGAUAUUGAUAUUGUUUGGUCCAUACUAAUCUUCUCUAUGUGUUGGUCCGUUAGUUUAUUACGUGAACUGCUGAAACAGUGAUUGUUGAGGAUACUUUGAUACAAUUCAACAAUGGACCUGGAAACACGUGAUCAAUACUCUUGGAAGCUCAGGGCUUCUAAUUAAUUUUUUUAGAUGAUUUUGUUGGAAAUUAUGACUUUUUUCUGAUAUCUGUUAAUAUUUGUAAUAUCUGUACAUUGUCAACUGUAGUGCUGCUACAAUAUUUAGGAUUUCAAUUUUUAUAUUUUAAACAUUUUCUUCCCACUAUGGUAUGUAAGGGGGAAUGAAGCUGGGAAUGAUAAUUGUCUUGACCUGUACGUAUUUAUGACUAUUAAUGAGGCUUAAUUAAUUAGUGUGAUUGGUUUGUUAUGGUGGGAUAUUUUUGAAAUGAUCUUAUCUACGCCAGCCUGAUUCUUUAAUUAACUGACAUAAGUAUUUGUAAUUAUUGUUGUUAUCCAUGUGUAUUCUCACACACUGAAGAGGUCUAUUUGAAUAUAAUGGGCUUUGGUAUAACUUUAGAUAUUGAAUUAUUAUCAAAUUUUCAGGUACCAGGUAUAUAUCUUGGCGAGUCUAAAGUUUGAGAUGAUCAAAGUGAGCAGAAGAGUUGACCGUUAUCCUCCUCCAUGCACAUGUCUGCUUAUUAAUGAGAUAUUUUGUGAAAUUGGUGAUUUGAUGAAUCUAUUCAAUAGAAGUCUGAACUGAAUUAGUAUUUAUACAUUCAAUAUGAA